GGUAUAUUAUAAUAUAAUAAGCAAGACUGGUCGAUUUACGAUUUUAGAAGGCUUGCAUUGUGGCAACAUCAAAAAUGAUUAAUCUCAUACUCUAAUAUAUUUAAUAGCUUAUAAAGAUCGGUGAGCAGUCGGUCAUAAGUCCACUCUUUUGAUUGAAUUCGUUUUUCAGUUAAGAACCAUAUGAGCUAUGAAAAUAAUAUCUAACUUACUGAAGAAUUUUCAUGACGAAUGGCUUGUAAAAACAACCGCUUCAUUAAACGAAAUAAAUCCAAUAGUCGAUCGAAUAAUGGAGGAUGAAUCUGUGGAGGGUGUUAUUAUGACUAACCAAGAAGGGGAACCGGUUUUAACUAACAUCAAUUUAAUGAAUGCAACCAACUAUGGGAUUGCUAUGAGUAGACUAGGUGCUAUGACACAAGCCUCUAUUAAAGAUUUGGAUCCCUUCGACGAAGUAUUAAUUUUGAGAGUGACAACAAAGAAAUUAGAAAUAAUGACGGCACCGCAUUCUGAAUUUAAUGUCAUCGUGAUGCAACAUUCUAGAAUUAAAAGCAAACAUAAAAGCAAAUAAUACAUCUUAUUUUAGCUAGUUUAAAUAUGUAGGUAUUGUUUCUUAAUAAAGAAAUAUAUCUGUU